AUGGGGCAAAACUAUAAUACAGAUCCAAUUCUCUUUCUUAUUCUGUCUGCUACAAAGUUAAUAAAAAACAGGAGGGAGAGAGAGGGAUCAUUUAUUUACUUUGUUGUUUAUGUAAUUAUUUGCUCUUCCUUGGGGGCGACCUUUUGGGCUUGGUGGGGGCGGGCGGUCGAAGCGAGCUCUGCAUCACAGAGCUCUCUGAUUCUUCCUCCUCCUCCUCAUCAUCGUUAUCAUCAACUCUGAAUCUCUUCUUCUCCCUUGAGCUUGAUCAGAGGUUAUACGUUAAAGAUGGGUGCCGCUUCAAAGAUAAUUGACUCAGAUGAGGGAACUCUGGAGAUUGGCAUGGAAUACAGAACUGUUUCUGGAGUUGCUGGUCCUCUUGUUAUCCUGGAAAAAGUCAAGGGUCCAAAGUACCAAGAGAUUGUUAAUAUAAGACUUUCAGACGGUACAACAAGGCGUGGUCAGGUUCUGGAAGUUGAUGGAGAGAAAGCUGUUGUACAGGUUUUUGAAGGGACAGCUGGAAUUGACAACAAGUAUACAACUGUGCAGUUCACAGGGGAGGUGUUAAAGACUCCUGUUUCCUUGGAUAUGCUUGGGCGCAUUUUCAAUGGAUCAGGAAAGCCAAUAGAUAAUGGCCCUCCAAUUCUGCCUGAGGCCUACCGAGACAUUUCAGGAAGUUCGAUUAACCCUAGUGAGAGAACAUACCCAGAAGAGAUGAUUCAGACAGGAAUAUCAACAAUUGAUGUGAUGAACUCAAUUGCAAGAGGACAAAAAAUCCCACUUUUUUCUGCUGCUGGGCUUCCUCAUAAUGAAAUUGCUGCCCAGAUUUGUCGUCAAGCUGGACUUGUCAAGCGACAUGGGAAGUUGGGAGACCACGUUAAGGAUGAGGAUGAAGACAACUUUGCCAUUGUCUUUGCUGCAAUGGGGGUCAACAUGGAAACUGCACAGUUUUUCAAACGAGAUUUUGAAGAGAAUGGUUCGAUGGAGCGAGUUACUUUGUUUCUGAAUCUGGCCAAUGAUCCGACCAUUGAACGCAUCAUCACUCCUCGAAUUGCCCUGACAACAGCAGAAUAUCUAGCCUACGAAUGUGGAAAGCAUGUUUUAGUCAUACUAACUGAUAUGAGCUCAUAUGCUGAUGCACUUCGUGAGGUAUCUGCUGCUCGAGAGGAAGUGCCAGGUCGGCGUGGUUAUCCUGGGUACAUGUAUACUGAUUUGGCAACAAUCUAUGAACGUGCUGGACGUAUUGAAGGACGUAAAGGGUCCAUCACGCAAAUCCCAAUUUUGACUAUGCCUAAUGAUGAUAUUACACAUCCAACUCCUGAUCUCACUGGUUAUAUUACUGAAGGCCAAAUAUAUAUUGACAGGCAGCUUUACAAUCGGCAGAUAUACCCUCCAAUCAAUGUUCUUCCUUCGCUAUCACGGCUUAUGAAGAGUGCUAUUGGUGAGGGCAUGACACGACGUGAUCAUGCUGAUGUGUCAAACCAGCUUUAUGCAAACUAUGCCAUUGGGAAGGAUGUCCAAGCAAUGAAGGCUGUGGUGGGGGAAGAAGCACUCUCAUCUGAAGAUCUGCUUUAUCUUGAGUUUUUGGACAAGUUUGAAAGGAAAUUUGUUACCCAAGGUGCAUAUGACACUCGCGAUAUCUUCCAGUCCCUCGACUUAGCAUGGACUCUACUGCGGAUCUUUCCUCGUGAACUUCUGCACCGUAUUCCAGCAAAGACCUUGGAUCAGUAUUACAGCCGUGAUUCUGCUCAUUAAAAUUUUUAUAUGCUGCAUCACUACUUUCAUGCUUCAAAUCGGUCUGCUCGAUGGGCUUGCCUCUUGUCAGGCAAAUUUAUCUCUCCAUAAGUCAAGAUAAUAAGUGGGAAUCUGAUAUAUCCUGUAGUUUCAUAAUUCUUUUAUUCUGCAGUGUUUGGUCUAGGGACACUAGCAUAUUGGAAAUUUUUGGUUGAGAUGUAAAAUUAGUGCUUGCAUGCCUUUUUAUUAGUUGUAAGAUGCUAGCAUGUCUGCCGAGGGAGAUUCCAGAACUUAUGUAUGAAGUUGCAUAGCUAAUAAAAGUGAAGAUGGAAAAUCCUUCCAUGUUCCCAUCA